AUGGACUCUUCCUUCGACCUCCCCGACUCCACCGAUUGGAUAAAGACGUCCCUACCCGCGUUCGAACCGCUCGAAGUUGCCUUGCGCUGCGAAGUCUGCAAGGAGUUCUACAACAACCCUGUCAUCACGCCGUGUAGCCAUACCUUCUGUUCGAUAUGCAUACGAAGAUGCAUCACCGCGGACGGCAAGUGUCCGAGCUGCAAGACUGGGUGCUCGAGCGACAAACUGGCGCCCAACAUUGCGAUCAGAGAAGUCGUGAUGCGCUUUCAAGAGGCGAGACCCAAGGCCAUGGAGUUGGCGCGCGCAGACAAGGAAGAGGAGACCACGAAGGCUAGCAAGAAGAAGCGGAAGCUGGAAGACACAGAUAUGGAAGACGAGGACAACGUCAGGCAUACACGAUCGCGGCAGACGCGAACUAGGAGCCAGCGCAACGGAGGCAGAGCUGGGUCGCCAAUGGUCGUCGCGGAUAGCGAAGACGACGGUGACGACGAUUUCAUGCCAGAUGGCAUGGUCAAGUGUCCGAUGUGCAGCAAGCCAAUGAAGGAAGAGCUGGUCUACAACCAUCUGGACAUAUGCACUGGGCCAGAAAACUCGCAAGGGCGUAGCACCCGGUCAAGGACUAAGACUGCGUUCCCACCCGCUUUCCAAAUACGAAAGAAAGACCCCUCGCCUCCACCGACGAGAUUAUCCCAGCUCAACUAUGCUAUGCUCACGGAGACUAAGUUGCGGAAGAAACUGCAAGAAAUCGGCAUACCUACCUGGGGUUCAAAAGACCUGAUGAGGCGGCGGCAUGUCGAAUGGCUCAAUAUCUACAAUUCGAAUUGCGACGCCGACGAAAGUGUGCGGAAGAGCAAGAGGCAGUUACUGAGAGAGCUAGACGAAUGGGAACAGACACUAGGUGGAAGAGCGGGCACCAAAGAGAACAAAAUCAUGAAGAAAGAGUUUGACGGUGACGGGUAUGCGAAGACACACAAGACCGAAUUCGACGACUUGAUAGCACGAGCGCGGCAGAAGCGUGCCACACCCAAGACGGACAGCGAAGGACCAACAGAGCGGAACACGCCCUCGGAGGAGCAACAUACAGAAUCACAGAAUCGCCAAUCAUUGUCAGUCAACGGUACCGAAACUUCCUUCCACGGCCCAUCGUCGACGCAAACACCCUCAGAUAUACAUCCACAUCCCUCGAAUAAUCCCAAUCCUCACGGAAUGAACGGCACAGCGCUCGCAAUCCCUCAGCCUCCUCAAAACAACACUCAACUCCGCUCGCGAUCCCCACCCAACCCCCCGCCCCGCGUCUCACUCGACUCAGAAACCAUAAACCCACUCCAAGAUUUUCGACCCCAUGCCUUGAGUCCCGUAGAAGAAGAGGUUCGCAGGAAGCCAGUUCUUGCCGGAAACGUCCCAGACCUAGUCAAGUCGCGCCGAUACCGAAAUCGCCGACAUGCCACAGAUUCACCACCGACACCCUCGGAACCAGGUUCCCCACGACCUCGGCCCCGUGGCAGACACUAUCUACCCGAUGAGUACGACGGCGAUAACGCCUCACUGCGCGAAGCAGAAGCCUUGAGUGUCCAGCAUGUGACCCAUACAGAAGUGCAACGGAGCGAGAGGACCAUCGGUCCGCCCCCAAGUCGUGACAACAGACCAGAGGCUGGGCUUACCGAGGGAGAUCCCAUGCUGGACAGGCUUUGGCGAGAAUGGGAAGAGGAUUAUGACGAGCUUGCUCGACGGGUACGCAAGAGGAACAAGGAGAAACAUUCGUUCAAAGGGAAGGCGAAGAGGUGUUGGCGCAAGGUCAAGAAGUUCCUUGGGAAGCGCAUAAGGGAUGAAGAGAUGUGGGUGUAG